AUGAACUAUGGCUUUGAGGUCUAUGGAGAUCAACUUCUCGCCGAGAGUUGGAGAGCACAGUCGCUUGCGCUCUAUGAGUUACUUAUGAAUAUGAAGUUCCUGACACUAGAUGGAAAUCCACUGAUUGACAGCACUAUCAAGAAAUGCUGGCAUAAUGGAUAUGAUACGAUUUUGGAAUUGGCUGUGGACACAAAGAAGCUUUUGGGUGAACUUGGAGAGACGGAUAUGAAUGAGGGUAAUGCAGGUGGAGAUAAAGAGAACAUGAGCUCUAAGAGUGAAGUGAAAGCGCCUGAGGAAACCAGUGGAGAAAGAUACUCUGAUCAAACGGAUACUGAUAUUUUGACCGAUGAUAAUUCCAAAACGCAAUUCUGUCGGGACUUGGAGAAACAUGGAUUGCUUGACCUGCUUUUCUUAGCAGACCCUAAUGAUCUCGGUCGAGUGCAAUUGUCAGUGCCAGCGGUCUAG